GCUGCUGCUGCAGGGAUCUCUUCCAUGGGGUCACUCCUUCAGGAACAGGCUGCUGCUCCCAAAAAUCUGCACGGAGCAGAGGUUUUGAUCCAGCACAACAAAACUGUCUGGGGAGGCAAGAUUGAUCAGCAUGCCUGCUGGAAAAGGGGUGAAAUCUUUCCCAAAUGAAAGCUGGGAGAGUCAGAUUGUGCUGAAAUCUUCUAGCAUUUUUAAUGUGGGGCUGACUAGUUCUGGGGUGUUAGAGGAGGCCCUGGCCAUGCCCUGGGCAUCCUGACCCCCUGCAUCCCAGCCAGGUGCCACUUUCACCCCACUUUCUGUUCCUGCCUCCCUCCAAACCAGGAGAGCCACAGCUGCCCCAGCGCUUCCCGCAUUGCUCUGGGCUGACUUGGUGGCCGAGUGGGCAGCUCAGGCAGCUCCGGCAGCUCAGGCAACACAGGGAGCCACUGACCUCUCUCCUGGUGCCCUCCAGCAUUCCUGAGGAGAAGCCCCAGGCCUGUCUCAUCAUUGGGAAAAAGAACUACAAAUGGAUCAAGGAAGCACCUCCAGCCCUGACCUAGGAGGAGCAUGGGGACAGGAUGCUGCUUUCAUAAGCAUCUCGCCUCCUGCUCCCCCUUUUCUCACUCCCUGUCAGGGCUUGGGGAUCUCCCAGUGGAUCAGAGACAUCCAGGCUGGGGCAUUCCCAGAGCUCCACUCAGGGACCACCAAUAUCACCCCUCUCUGGGCUACACUUUGGGGUGCAGAGAAAGCUGUGGAACUCAGGGCUCCUGUGGUCCCUGCCUCAGGGAGGGCCAGGCAGAAUCCCUGGGAUUUCCAGGUUCAUGGGCAGGAAAGGAAUCCCACCCUGGUUGUAUCCAGGAAUCCCUCUAGGGCUGUAUCCAGUAAUACCACGCUGGUUGGAUGCAGCACUCUCACUCUUCCAAGGGAAUGGUGUGUCUGACCAGGGGUGUGGGAAGGAGAGCCCAUGUCUGUGCCAUGGCUGGAGGAACCUGUCAUGUGCCCACUCUGGAGGGGCGCAGGGCUCUGGAGCUUGACCGCAGUGAGUCCCAGGAGGAGAUCCAGAAUUUGGCCAUCUCGCCAGGAAUGUGGGCACACAAAGUGUGGUACCGGCAAGCCCUCAAGAAGGUACCCAGAAUUCAGCAGCACUCCCUGUCUCCACAGGAGGCCCUGAGCCAGGCCCAGAGCACGGAGCAAUGCAGGGCUGAGCUGCAGGAGCAGAUGGGGCAGUGGAACAAGCCAGAGGAAGAGCAGCAGGAGCAGAAGCAGAAGCUGCUGCAGUGGGGGAGGAGGAUGAGGAUGGAGCCAGCAAAAAGAGCUGAGGGAACUGAACACAGUAAGGCCAGCGCUCCCUGCUGUUACCUGGCACCUGCCUCAGAGCCUCUGAAAUCCCUGAGAUGUCCUGUGCCAGGUGCAGCGGAGGGCCCGGAGCCGAGCCAGCGCAGUGCCCAGCUAGGCUGAUCCCCAACAGGAGCUGAGCUGCAAUUGCCACGAUUUUGGGUUUCCAUUUCCUUAUGACUUUUAACAGAGACAUUUGUGGAGCAGUGUUUUCCAUCCUUCCCUUGCCUCCGGGCUGUGAGGCAGGAGCUGCCCCAGGGCUGGAGGAGCCUGAGGCUCCUCAUCCCACCUGCACCGCUUUGGGGACAGAGAUUGUCCCUUGCCCUGUCCUCAGACCCACUGGGACAGAGCUGUUGGGGAGAGCUGUGCCCUCGGGAGGUCCCCAUGGGCCGGGCAGGCUUUUCCCCACCCAUAGCCCCACCAGUGCCACCUUGUCACCAUGGUGUCACCUCUGACCCUGUGGCUGAACCUUUCUCAGGGGCAAAGCAAAGGGGUUCAGAGCAUAAUGCAUACAUGCCAAAUCCAUGGGCUGGGGACCAGCAGCUUCAGAGGACCUGCAGCCGCAGGAUCCCGCAGGAGUGGCUCUGACUAAUUCCAGCUCUCUAUCAGAGCAGCUGGAAAACAAAGAGAACUGGGAAAGGUGAGGCUGGCCAUGGCAGGACACAGUACAGGGACACUGCUGGGAGCCCGAGCUGCUCCAGGCUGGGAGAGAGGGAGGACAACAUGCUGUAGUCCUCUUACCCCUCUUCCCCUCUUAAUGCCUCCUGCUCCCCCUCCAGCUCCUGUGUGACUCCAUGGUGUGAGGGAGCCAGGCACUGCAGGGCUGUGUGUCCCUUUUGGGCAUGGAUCUGCCACCUCAGAGCCAGGAACUGGAGCAGCUUAUGGCCCUUUGGCGGGGUUUGGCUCGGGGGAGAGCAGCAGAGCCAGCUGGGGCGGUCCUGGAACCUUCUGGAAGUGCUGCAUGGUGCUCCAGGGCAGAGCUGGGCUGAGCUGGGCAUGACCUGGCCAUGGCCAUCGAACCAAAGCAGGGACACAGCCUGGAGCAGGGGUA